AUGAACAUGCUUCCUGCCUAUGUGAACUCUCGAGAUAGACUGAGAGUUUCCAGUCCUGUCAUUGGCUAUCAACAGCCAACAAAGAGCUUCGUAAAGGCCCGUUUACACGGGGAUAGUUCGCUGGCGCCAGUAACUAGCGGAUCUGCAUCUGACAACUUAAGAUGUCUUAUUUUCAGUAAAGUGUAUCUCUGCGGCAGUGGUGUUGCUUAUAUCAGAAUCGCCCGCUCUAAAUUAAAUUUCCAAAGCCUUGUAAUUCACACCUUCCCCGCGGCAAUGGGCCUUCCCGCUGUCCCGUGGCCACAGCUGCCCAACUGGCCUUCCUGCCGUCCCUUUGGCCACAGCUUCCCAACCGGCCUUCCCGCCGUCGCCGCAGCCCCAGGUGCCCAACCGGCCUCCCCACUAUCCCCAUGGCCCCAGCUGCCCAACCAGCCUCCCCACCAUCCCCAUGGCCCCGGCUGCCCAACCAGCCUCCCCACCAUCCCCAUGGCCCCGGCUGCCCAACCAGCCUCCCCACCAUCCCCAUGGCCCCGGCUGCCCAACCAGCCUCCCCACCAUCCCCAUGGCCCCGGCAGCCCAACCAGCCUCCCCACCAUCCCCAUGGCCCGGCUGCCCAACCAGCCUCACUGCCGUCCGUGGCCCCAGCUGCCCAAACCGGCCUAA